AUGAUUCUGAUUGAUGGCUUUUAUAUAGGUCUGCAGACCUCAGUGUUUCUUAUUGGGCAAAACCAGGUUGAAGCGCCCUACACGUUCUGCAGGAGUUCACCCAGGUCCUACACAGGUUCUGCAGGAGUUCACCCAGGUCCUACACAGGUUCUGCAGGAGUUCACCCAGGUCCUACACAGGUUCUGCAGGAGUUCACCCAGGUCCUACACAGGUUCUGCAGGAGUUCACCCAGGUCCUACACAGGUUCUGCAGGAGUUCACCCAGGUCCUACACAGGCUCUGCAGGAGUUCACCCAGGUCCUACACAGGCUCUGCAGGAGUUCACCCAGGUCCUACACAGGCUCUGCAGGAGUUCACCCAGGUCUUCCACAGGCUCUGCAGGAGUUCACCCAGGUCUUCCACAGGCUCUGCAGGAGUUCACCCAGGUCUUCCACAGGCUCUGCAGGAGUUCACCCAGGUCUUCCACAGGCUCUGCAGGAGUUUACCCAGGUCCUACACAGGCUCUGCAGGAGUUCACCCAGGUCCUACACAGGCUCUGCAGGAGUUCACCCAGGUCCUACAGGAGUUCACCCAGGUCCUACACAGGUUCUGCAGGAGUUCACCCAGGUCCUACACAGGUUCUGCAGGAGUUCACCCAGGUCCUACACAGGUUCUGCAGGAGUUCACCCAGGCCCUACACAGGUUCUGCAGGAGUUCACCCAGGCCCUACACAGGUUCUGCAGGAGUUCACCCAGGUCCUACACAGGUUCUGCAGGAGUUCACCCAGGUCCUACACAGGUUCUGCAGGAGUUCACCCAGGUCCUACACAGGUUCUGCAGGAGUUCACCCAGGUCCUACACAGGUUCUGCAGGAGUUCACCCAGGUCCUAUACAGGUUCUGCAGGAGUUCACCCAGGUCCUACACAGGUUCUGCAGGAGUUCACCCAGGCCCUACACAGGCUCUGCAGGAGUUCACCCAGGUCAAGUCGGGCUCCACGUCUUUGACCUACAACCAAGCAGACUCAGCCAAGGGAGGGAGGAAAAGCAUGCGGACAGUUUUUUUCAUAAUACAAGCAGGUUGACAUGUGUAAUCUCUGGAUAAUCUGUAGCCAUUUUAGUAUUCUUCUCAGUGACAACUCAGCCUCCUGCAAUCCUCCCAACAAUAGACAAUCAACUGAGAAUGUCUCUAUGUACCCAUAUGUCUCUCUACCACCAGUAGUGUAUUGUCCAUGUCAUGUAAUAAAAUGGGGUCAUAUAUUGGGGGGUGUAUUUUACAUGGAUCUGCUUUGAAACACUACGCACGCCAUCAUGAUUGAGGUCCUUAUUUUUUCUAAAAGAGUUAUUGUAAAUAAAGAACCAUGAGUGCGGUA